CGAGAGAGAGAGAGAGAGAAGUGCGAGCGAGAGGAGAGAGAUGUGCAGAGUGCGAGCCAGACAACAUACCAGCAUCAUACCAGGCCCGAAUACAGUAGAGAGAGAGAGAGAGAGAGAGAGAGAGAGAGCCAGAGAGCGAGAGAUGAAUGCGAGCGAGAGAGAGCGAGUGGCGAGAGUGCGAGCGAGAGAGAGGGCCAUGGUGGCAAAGUACUGUGGAGGAAUCGGCCGGGUUCACUGUGCUUCAUGCAAAAGGGAUCCAAGCUGGUUCGACCCAAGGACUCUGUAUUUUACUAUACUACUUACUUUGACGACUGCAUCGGAGCAGGUCGUUUAUUGGAGCUGAAUGAAUAUAGGGUUAGGGAUGAUGAUUAUGAGGAGGAAACCAAGGUUGAACCUGUAAGCUCCCAAUUGGGUUCCAGUAGUGAUGAGGGCAGUGAACGAUUUGACAGCGCAACAACUUCCAAAAAAAGACGAAACAAGUACACAGACAAGGACGAUAAUGGAAUUGUACACUACAUCAAGAAACAUAAUCUCUCCAAUCAAGUUAGAGGCAGGGCCAUGUGGGUCACGAUGGAAAAGAAAAACGUGGUACCGGGUCAUACGUGGGAAAGCCUCAAGAGUAGGUACCUCCGAAUCAUUGUAAAAAAGUCCCCACAGUAGGCGUCCACAGUCAAAGUUUCCAACACAUUGGUCGCUGAUCAGGAUGUCUUUGUGUUUAAUCCA